CCUGGCUCCACCUCUUCUGCCACAAACCUCAGCAUGGUGGUAUCUGCCGGCCCUUGGUCCAGUGAGAAGGCAGAGAUGAGCAUUCUAGAAAUCAACGAGAAAUUGCGCCCCCCGCUGGCAGAGAAGAAACAGCAGUUCAGAAACAUCAAAGAGAAAUUUCUUGUAACUCAAGAAGUGGCCUGCUUCCUGGUCAACAGGCAGAACAAAUACAAGUAUGAAGAGUGCAAAGACCUCAUAAAAUCUAUGCUGAGGGAUGAGCUGCAGUUCAAGGGGGAGAAACUCGCAGAGCAGCUCAAGCAAGCUGAGGAGCUCAGGCAAUAUAAAGUCCUGGUUCACUCUCAGGCAUGAGAGCUGAUCCAGUUAAGGGAGAAGUUACGGGAAGGGAGAGAUGCCUCCUGCUCAUUGACUCAGCAUCUCCAGGCCCUCCUCACUCCGGAUGAGCCGGACAAGUCCCAGUGGCGGGACCUCCAAGAACAGCUGGCUGAGGGGUGUAGGCUGGCACAGCACCUCGUCCACAAGCUCAGCUCAGAAAAUGGCCAAGGUGAGGAUGCAGAUGUUCAAGUUGAGGAGGCUGAGAAAGUACAGGAUUCGUGUGCCCCCAGGGAGGUGCAGAAGGCCAAAGAAAGGGAAGUCCCUGAGGACUUACUGGAGGAAUGCGCUGUCACUUGUUCAAAUAGCCAUGUUCCUUGUGACUCCAACCAGCCACACAGGAAUACCAAGAUCACAUUUGAUGAAGACAAAUUCAACUCACCUUUCAUUGACUCAUCCUCUCAUGAUGAGUGGGCAGAUGCUGUACAUGUUAUCCCAAAAAAUGAAAGUGAUGAUGAGGAAGAGGAAGAAAAAGGGCCAGUGUCUCCCAGGAAUCUGCAGGAGUCUGAAGAGGAGGAAGCCCCCUAGGAGUCCUGGGAUGAAGGUUAUUUGACUCUCUCAAUUCCUGCUGACAUGUCUGCCUCGUACCAGUCUUACAAGAGCACCUUUCCCUCAUUAGAAGAACAGCAAGUCGGCUUGGCUCUUGACAUAGGCAGACAUCGGUGGGAUCAAGUGAAAAAGUAGGACCAAGAGGACACAGGUCCCAGGCUCAGCUGGGAGCUACUGGAGGUAGUAGAUCCUGAAGUCUUGCAGGACUCACUGGAUAGAUGUUAUUCAUCUCCUUCCAGUUAUCUUGAACUGCCUGACUCCUGCCAGCCCUACAGAAAUUUCUUUUACUCACUGGAGGAACAACACAUUGGCUUUUCUCUUGAUGUGGAUGAAAUUGAAAAGUACCAAGAAGGGGAAGAAGAUCAAAACCCACCAUGCCCCAGGCUCAACAGCGUGCUGGUGGAAGUGGAAGAGCCUAAAGUCUUGCAGGACUCAUUGGAUAGAUGUUAUUCGACUUCUUCAACUUACUUUGAAUUACCUGACUCAUUUCAGCACUACAGAAGUGCCUUUUACUCAUUUGAGGAACAGCACAUUAGCUUGUCCCUUGACAUGGACAGUAGGUUUUUUACUUUGACAGUGAUAAGGCUCCACCUGGUCUUCCAGAUGGGAGUCAUAUUCCCACACUAAGCAGCCCUUACUAAGCUGAGAGAUGUCAGUGCUGCAGGCAGGACCUAUAGGCACGUGUAGGCUUGAAUGAAACUCUAGUUCCAUUUGGAAGCCCAGACAUAGGAUGGAUCAGUGGGCAUGGCCCUAUUCCUAUUCUCAGACCAUGCCAGUGGCAACCUGUGCUCAGUCUGAAGACAUUGGACCAAAGUUAGGUGUGACACGUUUACAUAACUAUGCAGCACAUGCCGGGAGUGAUCUGUCAGACAUUCUAAUUUGAAAGAUAUACCCACAUAUCUCUGGGUAGCUACAAAGUUCCUCAGGGAUUUCAUUUUGCCGGCAUGUCUCUGAGCUUCUAUACCUGCUCAAGGUUAGUGUCAUCUUUGUGUUUAGCUCAUCCAAAGGUGGUGUCCUGGUUUCAAUGAACCUAACCCCAUUCUUUCUAUCUUCAGUGUUGGCUUGUUUUAGCUGAUCCAUCUGUAACACAGGAGGGUAUCCUUGGCUGAGGAUUGUAUUUCAGAACCACUGACUGCUCUUGACAGUUGUUAACCCACUAGGCUCUUUUGGUUAGAGAAGCCACAGUCCUUCAGCCUCCAAUUGCUAUGAAUACUUCGGAAGACCACAGCUAGAUGGACAAACAGCAUUGAGAGGCCUCAGCCCUGCUCCUCUCAAUUCCAUCCUGUAGAGAACAGGAGUCAGGAGCCGCUGGCAGGAGACAGCAUGUCACCCAGGACUCUGCCAGUACAGAAUAUGAACAAUGCCAUGUUCUUGCAGAAAACGCUUAGCCUGAGUUUCAUAGGAGGUAAUCACCAGACAACUGCAGAAUGUAGAACACUGAACAGGGCAACUGACCUGUCUCCUUCACACAGUCCAUGUCACCAUGAAUCACACAACACAAAGGAAAAGAGAUACUUUGGGUUCAAAAAAAGUAAAAAGAUAAUGUAGCUACAUUUCUUCAGUUAUUUUGAACCCAAAAUAUCUCCUCAUCUUUUUGUUGUUGUCAUUGAUUGUGGUGACAUGGACUCGUUUGUAGAGGACAGGUCAGCUGUUUGGCUCAAUGAUCUACAUUCUGAAGUUGUCUGAAAAUGUCUUCAUGAUUCAAUUCAGCCUAAACGUUUUGUUGGGAACACUGCAGAGUCAAUGCUGUGAGUUUCCAACCUCAGCCCAUCUGCAGGCAGAGAAGAUCUAGUUUGUCCAUCACCAUGAUCAUGAUAUCAGGACAGGUUAUUGGUUAAAGAGGGGUCUAGGAGAUCUGUCCCUUUUAGAGAUACCUUCCUUAUAAUGAAGUAUUUGGGAAAGUGGUUUUUAAAAUAUAAGUGUCCUGUAUUCUAAUGAUCAUGCUCUAAACAUUUUAUCAUUUAUUAAUCAUCCCUGCCUAUGUCUAUUAUUAGAUUCAUAUCUCUACCCUGGAAAUUUUCUGUCUCAAUUUUUACUGUGCCUUUGUUUUUGCUAGUGUCUGUUGUUGAAAAAAAUUCUCUGCCUGAGUUUUAAUUUUUGUCCAAAGUUAAUUUUAAUCUAUACAAUUAAAAACUUUUGCCCGUCACUCUGGACUGUCGGACUGUUUUUCAUUCAGUGUUGGAAUAUUUUAUUAUGCUGAUUGGUUUUCAUGGGUACUGAUGCGAAUUAAUAAAAACAUUUUCAUUU